AUGCAGUUCUUCGCUCCCAUCGUCCUCCUCGCUGCCGGCGCCCUUGCGGCCCCCAGCCCCAGCGAGCUCUGCGAGCGCGAGCUCAGCACCGUCAACACCAUCAUGACCACCGUCCUCAACGGUAUCCAGGCUCUUGACGGUUCCAUCUGUGCCUAUGGCGGUGGCCCCGGCGCCGAGCUGGAGACGGCUGCCGGCACCAUGCUCACCAUUAUCCGUACCGCGACCAACAACGCUGCGUCCAUGUUGCCCCUCACUAUGGACGAGGCCAUCGCCUUCCAGCCCCUCUCCGACCAGCUCAACGCCGCCGGCGACAAGCUCCUCGUCGAUCUCGAUGCCAAGGUGCCGCUCUUUGCCAAAAGCGGUGCUUGCGACUCCACUCUCUCCUGGGUUGCUCAGGUUGGCAGCAACGUGAACACUCUCAUGACCACCAUCUCCACCAAGUUCCCCGCCGGCGGCAAGGGUGGCGACGAGAUCGCCCACUUUAACGGAAUCUUCUCUCAGAUGCAGGACAAGCUCUCCACCUGCACCACCGGUAGCAAGGGCUCCAGCACCGGCUAUGGCUCCGGCUCUGGCAGCGACGACAAGGCCGUCGGCUCCGGUACCAAGGUCGCUGUUCCCACUGCUGUCCCCACUUAUGGUGCCGGCAACGGCACCAAGGGUGCUACGCCCACCUCCACCAUCCGCCCCGUCGUCACUGCCGGCGCCGCUCUGAUGACCUUCUCCGGUGCCGGCCUGGCCAUCGCCGUCGCCGCUUUCAUCCUGUAA